ACCUUAAAGAAAUCAUCACUGCCCUGAAUCACAGAUUCGCCUAGAAAAGGCUCUCGGAUUAGACGCUUAUGAUUUUGUCUUUCCUUCAGGCUAUCAAAUUUCAAUGCUUUACGUUUGUAGACUGUCACCCCAAAUUCUUUUUGUCCUUUCCCUAAACCAGAUAAUUGACUGAUUUAUGAAUUUCUUGAUAGAAGUGCACUGUACUAAUUCUUCGCCGUAGCACGGUAAUUCUUAUUGUUCAUUUCAAUCGUCGCGAUAGGAGAUCUCACAUGUUUUCUUACAAAAGCUUGUUCACCGCCCUGGUAUGUCUGACAUCUCUCGAUGGCGUUCUAUCCGCCACGCCAGAUGAAUGGAGGACCCGUUCUAUCUAUCAAGUAUUCACAGAUCGAUUCGCCAGAACCGAUGCUUCAAAUACUACUGAUUGCCCAUCUCAAACUUACGGGUACUGUGGCGGGACAUGGCAAGGCAUAAUCAACAGGCUUGAUUAUAUCCAGGUAUGGGCAGAAUUUCACAGAUUUUUUGAUCAUUUGUUUUAGAUGUUAAUGCAAGAUUAGGAUAUGGGAUUCACUGCGAUCUGGAUAUCUCCAGUUGUGGAACAAGUCGCUGAUCCCAAUCGCGGCUUUCAUGGAUAUUCAGCUCAAAAUUUGUAUGGAUUGAAUAGUCACUUUGGAACUGCAUCGGAUUUGACUGCUUUGGCUAAUGCGCUCCAUGAUCGAGGAAUGGUAAUGUGAUCUAUCAAAAAACUAAGAAGAAAAAAGCUAAUUUCGGCAGUACUUGAUGGUUGAUGUCGUGGCAAACCAUAUGGGAUCUGAUGAUACUGCCCACACUGUCGACUAUAGCAUCAUGAAUCCAUUCAAUGAGAGCAAAUACUUUCAUGAAGUCUGUUUUAUCACUGAUUAUAAUAACCAGACCAAUGUCGAGCUAUGCCAACUUGGAACGGAGAAAUAUCCAUUGCCGGAUCUGAACACUACCCAGCCAGCCGUUCGGAAUUUCCACACUACUUGGAUUAAGUCUCUAGUGGCCAAUUACACAAUCGAUGGUUUAAGAGUAGAUACAGUGAGGCAUGUGGAAAAAGACUUUUGGCCUUUGUUCAACGAAGCCGCGGGUGUCUAUUGCGUCGGUGAAGUUGCAGAUGGAGAUGUAGAUUAUCUUUGUGAUUACCAGAACUAUAUGGAUGGUCUCCUCUCAUACGCCUCAUAUUACCAGCUAAUAACAUUCUUUUCUAACACUUCAGCAACUUCUGAAAAUCUGAUAGGACAAAUACAACACCAGAACACGGAAUGCACAGACACAACACUUCUUGCUACCUUUACCGAAAAUCACGAUCAGCCGCGUUUCGGAAAUUACACAAGCGAUUUGACACUCGCCAAGAAUAUCAUCACAUGCACGUUGCUUGCGGAUGGUAUACCGAUCAUCUAUCAAGGUCAAGAACAACAUUUUCAUGGUGCAACGGAUCCCUAUGAUCGGGAGCCUCUUUGGCCUACGAACUAUAAUACUAGCUCCCCACUCUAUGUUCUCGUCAAACAAUUGAAUGCCAUACGUUCUCUGGCAAUUGCACGAUCGUCCACUUAUCCUAUCGAUCAAACUCAAGUCGCUUACUCCGAUCCACAUAACCUCGCUUUUCGGAAGGGUGACUCGACUCAUAUGGUUCUAAUGGUAUUGAAUAAUAUCGGUGCGACCGCAGAUGAUUACACUAUAGAAAUGAAUAAUGUAGGAUUUGAAGCUGGAUUAAUUGUGACGGAUGUGUUGAGCUGUAGAAAUGUGGCGGUGGAUAUGGAUGGUGGUAUGAACAUACCGUUUGAGAGUGGUUUGCCUAGUGUAAGUUCAAUCUUUGUUUCUAUAAUGUUACUUCGGAUGCUGAUUGUAGGUAUAGGUUUAUUAUCCUUUCAAUCUACUUGCUGGUACGGGUUGGUGUGGUCAGUAUUGAGACAGCGCGGUGUUAAGUUGAUGGGUUGUUGCGGAAAUCGAAUUUGAGGUACACACUUUCGUCACUAGCAUUUACGCGGUAGAUUAUCUUACAAAUUAGCUGGAAUUACGGGCUGAACGGAAAUUUAAACCUGAAAUUCUCACUUUGGAAUUAUGAUCGUUCACAUGGAUCUUAGAUGAAAUAUCUUGUCUUACAAGGAAUAAACUUUUUGCCGCACUUUAAUACAAAGAACCUUGGUGCAUUAUCCUGCGUUUUAACUAGGAACGAAAAGAAU